AUGAUCUAGGAGAUUACAAAUUUCUCAAUUCCAGAGAGUCCAAGUUGCAUGGAUAUUUCAAAAGAGUUUUUGGCCAUUGGCACAUUGGAUGAAAAUGUAUUUCUCUACUCUCAACCCUUUCAAUCCAAAUCGAAUGAAACCAUAUUGAAAAAUCAUCUUUUGGGAGUCAUAGAUUUAUCUAUCAAUGCAGACGAAACCUAAAUUGUGGUCUCAUCAUUAGAUAAUUAUCUUCGAAUCUGGGAUAUCGAUGAUAAGAAGCUGAUUUCUGAAAUAUAAUGUGAUGCCUUUGCCAAUUGGAAAGUCAGAUUUUUUGAUUCGUCAAUUGUUGUGACUUCUGGGGAAAUGGGAAUCAUUAACUUUUAUCACGUUGACACCAAAGAGAGAAUUCAAAAAAUAGAAACAGACCCAAUUUAUUAUUCAAGUUCACUCUAGAUUCAUGAUUAAUUGUUAGCUGUUGGUAAUGAAGGUGGCAGUCUAUUUUUGAUUGAUUAAAAGUUUCAAAAGAAGGCAAUCAAACCUCAUUCAAAACCAAUAAAGUCAAUCCUAUUUCUGGACAACAACAAAAUUCUAACAGGAUCAGAGGAUGGAUUAAUUAAACUCAUAGACCUAGAGAAAUUUGAAAUCAUUAAACAGUUUAGAGGUCAUAAAUAUGGUGUAAUGGAUUUCUGUAAAAUCAAUGAGAAAUCAUUUGUCAGUUGCUCUACGGACAGAACAAUUCGAGUAUGGGAUGUUAACCAAAUCUACUCUCAGAAACAUAUACAGACCAUGAAUGACAAACCUGGAGGAAUCAGCGGUAUUCGAUACAAGAAUGACCAAAUCAUAGCUGCUCAUGAUUGUGGCAUUAUAAGCUUUUAUGCUAUAUGA